CUUCACAUACAUGGAAAAAGAAGCAGAACCCAGCCACACAUAUGGUAAGGAAGGGAAGGGAAGGGAAGGGAAGGGAAUGGAAAGCUUUGCCCUUUUCUUUGAACUUCUUCCUUUUCCUCAUCAGAGAAAGAGGGAAACCCUUUUUCCUUGAUCAGAGAAAGUUAAGAUCGAGUCUGUGAUGUCGAAUUCUCAUGAAAUACCCGAGAAGAUCAUUAUUGAUACUGAUCCUGGCAUUGAUGAUAGCAUGGCUAUCUUGAUGGCAUUUCAAACACCAGAGGUGGAGGUCUUAGGUUUGACUACUAUAUUUGGUAAUGUUAGUACUGAAGGCGCUACCCGCAAUGCUUUGCUUCUGUCUGAGAUUGCAGGGUGUCCUGGAAUCCCUGUGGCAGAAGGCAGCUCUGAACCUCUAAAGGGUGGAAAGCCAUGUGUUGCUGACUUUGUUCAUGGCUCUGAUGGGUUGGGAAAUGUAUUUCUUCCACCCCCAAAAGAAAAGAAAAUUGAGAAGAGUGCUUCUGAAUUUUUAGUUGAUAAGGUCCUUGAAUAUCCUGGUGAGGUAUCCAUACUUGCAUUGGGACCACUGACAAAUUUAGCUUUGGCGAUUAAAAAGGAUUCAUCUUUUGCAAGCAAGGUCAAGAGACUGGUCGUACUUGGUGGUGCUUUUUUUGCAAUGGGAAAUGUCAAUCCUGCAGCUGAAGCAAAUAUCUAUGGGGAUCCAGAAGCAGCUGAUAUUGUUCUUACGUCAGGAGCAAAUAUUGUUGUUGUUGGCAUAAAUAUUACUACCCAAGUCGUAUUAACAGAUGAAGACCUCCCUGAAAUAAAGGAUUCGAAAGGGAAACAAGCUCAGUUCUUGGGUGAAUUAUGCAAAUUUUACAGGGAUUGGAAUGUGAAAGCUAAUGGUGUUUAUGGCAUUUUCCCCCAUGAUCCUGUGAGUUUUGUUGCACUUAUCCGUCCGGAUCUUUUUACUUACAAGAGGGGAGUUGUGAGGGUUGAAACAGAGGGUGUAUGUGUUGGACAUACACUGAUGGACCAAGGACUUACAAAAUGGAACUCAAGCAACCCUUGGUCAGGCUAUGACCCUGUUUCAGUUGCAUGGACGGUUGAUGUGGAUGGAGUUGUUAUGUAUAUAAAGGAAUUGCUCAUGAAACCUUGAAAGCUAUAUCGUGCACAUGAGACCAUGGGAAGGCAAGGGGGUUAAGACGAAAGGUCAGACGUGACCUCUUCCUCAACUUCAUCUAUCACAACCCUUGGAGUGGUUCCGAGGUAGAUUAGAUCCCGUUUUAGUAUUGUCUCGUUUUUUCAGGAUUAGGAACUUGUUCAGACUGUCGCUGUGAGGAAUUUGCACUCAUAAACUGGUGAAACAUGUGCCUCAAUUCUUCCAUAUCCAACUCCAAUUGGUCCAUUUUUCUACUCUCUCGUGUCCCUGGCUAAUUCCCACUGCCUGGGUCCAUACUUGUUGAAUGUUCUGAUGGUACUUGAGUGCUAGAACUAGAUGGAGGAAGAUUUACUGUAUGUGAAAAUCAUUUAGAGUUGACUCGGACCAAAUGUUAUCGUGAUGGGUCCACAAUGACAACGAGAAAUCUUUUGGGUACGAAA